UGCUUAAUGGCCUACAUGUAAGUCAAUGUUGGGUGGCUUCUUGUUGCAUGUAUCUUGCUUGUUUAUAUGUAUUUUGAUUGUAACUAACUUUAUAAUUAUUUUUUUGCAGGCAAUAACUGUUGGUUUCUUUGCUGAGUUUCCUCAGCCAGUUAAAGAUGCUGCAGAAGCUAUUGUUAAUGCUAGUGUUGAGAUAUAUGGCCGGAUGAGCACUGAUCUGUUACCUACUCCAGCAAAGUCUCAUUACAUAUUCAAUUUGAGAGAUCUCUCUAAGUGUAUACAAGGUGUGCUACAGGCUGAUCCUGGUGUCAUUAGGGAGCAUGAUCACAUUUUUAGACUUUUUUGUCACGAGUGUCAGCGUGUCUUCCACGACAGACUCAUCGACAAGACUGACAAGAAAUAUUUCUAUGGAAUAUUGUCAGAAAUGUCCUCAAAAUACUUCUCUAAA